ACAGGCUCUGCUUUCAAACGAUUGCAUGGCUGUGCAGCUGUACGAGUCGCAUUUUGUUUCUUUGCCUUCUCAGACUAAUGUGUACAAUUACACAAGUUUUGAGCUGGGCGACGGUAAUCACAAGGUGCUUGUCGGUUCUCUUCAGGGCAAAGUCACGUGCUUUGAGUAUCAAGCUCAGCAGCCGAUUGCCACGGACUUGCCCUUUUCUUAUAUACCGACAGAUGCAGAAAUAGUAGCCAUUGAUGCUUUCGUAAGACCACCGAACGGAGUACUCGUUGGAAUAACGUUGAUAAAGCAAGACGGAAUGGACAGGAUGCAGUUCCUCAAUGUUUACGGGUCUCACACGGAUCCAAAGGAGUGUUUUGACUGGACGCGGUUAGUUGAAGAUUUUCAACCAUGUUCGCUUGAUUUCUUACCUUAUCAUCUAACUCAUGCUAAACUGAAAGGAGAUAUGGUGUUUCUUCUCAGUGGAGGGGACAAGAAAGUUCACUUAUAUCGACUGUAUCCCGAAGAUCAGCUAAACGUAUUUCGAGAAGCAGAAAAUUUAGCAGAAUUUCUUCCUGAGCUCUGUGAUUGUGAUUUGAACACCUGCAUAAUGAGGUUGGAUAUCUGUGAGCUAGAUGGAAUCAGAGUGACAGCAUUUGGCUGCCAGGAUGGUUUCUUGUGCCUGACAAAAGUGGAAGCAACAACAAAUCAAGUACUGCAAAAGUGGCAAUCUACUCAAUUGGACGGACCAAUCACGUCAUUGAAGCUAUUUCUAGAAAACACCACAUUUGCUACUGGUACUACAGAACAUUUGUAUAAAGAUCAAGUAGAUCAGCCUGGUAAAGCAUUGUUGAGAAAGUGGAAAGAACUUCAUCUUGUCAUAGGGUGUGCUAUUGAACUAGCUGUUGUAUACCGGAGUGUUAUGGCAUGUGGUCUUAACCAUCCAAUGCCACUUCCAUUCUCUGAUCAGUUUGACAGUGUUUUGAGUGUAACUGCUGCUGAUAUAAAUUGGGAUAACAAAAAUGAACUUUUAAUUGGUACCUAUGGACAAAGGGUUUUGGUGUAUCAGUUUCAAGAGUGUGACAAAGUUAUUGGUGAGGAUGGUAGUGCGAAUUUAAAGGAGUAUUGUCUCUUGGAUAAAUUUGAGCUCUCGUAUCCUGUCUAUUGUAUAGAUUAUGUCGAUUUAAGUGGUGAUGGAAUGAAAGAACUGACUAUUACCUCAUUGUGUGGCAUUCACGUUUUCCAGCAUGACCUAGACUUAGCUAAAGAACACUGCAGAAGAAGACUGGAGCUUCUGGAAGAGCACUGCUUUCCAAGCUGACUUAUUAAUUACAUUAUUAAUUAAACUUACUAGUAUGUUUUCAAAUAAUUAGCCAUAUCAGAGUUGAAGUUACAGUAUUUAAAUAACAUUUUAUGGUUAGUUUUGAAUGAAUAAACAAGC